UGUAGAAGGCCCAGGCAAGACGGCGCGGGGCAGCCCAAGGCCAUGGCGGGACACCCAAGAGAGAAGGUGAUUCCAGAUGAGGUCCAUCAGAACCAGAUCUUGCGGGAACUGUACCUCAAGGAGCUACGAACCCAGAAACUCUACACGCAGUAUCACGUGAAUCCCCUCCGCAAGAUUCACACAAUCACCAGGAAGCCCAUGUCUUGGCAUGAUAACCUGGAGGAACCUGCAGAUGCCAGGUUUCUGAAUCUCAUUCACCAUACUGCCCAGGGACCAAGGAAGAAGUACCCAGAGACACAGACUGAAAACCAGGAAGUUGGAUGGGACUUAGAGCCCUUGGUCAACCCAGAACGCCAUGACCGCAGGCUGAAUCACUUCAGGGUCUGCAGUGACAUCACUCUGUACAAGGCUAAAACAUGGGGCCUAGGAGAUGAUCGCCACAAGUAGCAUCCCAGCAGAGGAGCCCAUCUGUGGAUCUAAUGCCCUAAGUGUGCACAGCCCAGAGAAAUAAAAUAUUACUUUAAA